GAUUUGUAUAAAUAAUAAAGAUCGCUCCUAGCCAGAGACAUAAGCAACUCAUACCUCAAAGCUAAAGAACCAACAAUCUGCUCAAGAUGCGCGCAUUCAUCGUCUUGUGUUUGGUGGCAGUCACCUGCGCCGAUAAGCUCGGCUACAACUACCAGCCCGUGGCCCACUCCAGCUCCGGACUGUCCUUCGCUCCUGGAAGUGGCGCUAUUAGUGGUGGAUCCAUUGGCGGAGGCUCCAUUGGCGGAGGCUCCAUUGGAGGAGGCUCCAUUGGAGGAGGCUCCAUUGGAGGAGACUUCAUUGGUGGUGGCUCAAUCGGAGGAGGUGGCAUUGGAGGCGGUUCUCUCGGUGGUUCCAUUGAUGGUGGAUCCAUCGAUUCCGGUCUUGGAGGUCUCGGUAGUCUAGGAGGUGGCGAAGCUCUGGCCGCUCCCGUCUCCUACAGCGCCCCCGCCCCCGCUGCUGAGCUCCAGAAGGAGUUCUUCACCUUCACCGCCAACGAGCAGGACUUCGAUGAGCCUCAGGCUUUGGAACGCGUUGCUGGAUCCGUGAACAAGGGUCUGCGAGUGGUCUUCAUCAAGGGACCCGAGAACCGUGGCCUGGAGAACGCUGCCCUCGCCCUCGCCAAGCAGGCUGCCCAGCAGGAGACCGCCAUCUAUGUGCUGAACAAGCAGGCUGACAUUGGAGAUCUGGCCAACAAGCUGAACGCCAUCCGCAACAACAACAACAACAAGCCCGAGGUGCACUUCGUCAAGUACCGCACUCCCGAGGACGCUGCCAACGCCCAGCGCGCCAUCCAGGGUCAGUACGACCAGCUGGGAGGAUCCUCUCAGGCUCAUGAUGGUGGUGUCGCCCCCGCUCUGAACUUCGCCUCCGCUGGUCCCGUCCAGAGGGUGAACGCCCAGAUCCCUCAGAACUCCUACCUGCCAUCGUCGGUGCUCCGUCGUCUGCGUUUCUAAGAAGGCUACGUCUUGGACUCCAUUAACUUAAGCAUAUCUCGACUGAAGAACUCAUUCUUCUUGUUACACGUUGUUGACUAAUGCAUAAUUACACCAAUAAAUUUGAAAUUUAAAUACGAAAAAUCAAA